AUGGAGUGCAUCUGCAUGGGAGAUCAGGUCAAAGGAGACAAGAUCAUCCAGUCCUCUGAUCACCAGGCGACCAAGGAACCCCCGGCUGAGACCGACUCUCCUGGUGUUGAUGAUAUCGAACAAAGGAUCGACACUGGAAACAUUGAAGAAGCUGUCUCAACCCUUCGCGAGGGUGGACUACUGAACUACGAUGUGAGUGGGCGGGUCUCCGUUCCUCGGGUUUUCAUUCCCUUGUUGAUUUCACUGAGUUCUUUCCGAGUCAAGUAAAUUCUCUGUGAUCGCUUUUCUUCCCCAAAAUCUGUAAAUUUUCUUAAUGCUCCAGAGUUAUUUCCAUUGACCACCAUCUGUAGAUUCGUCCAUUUCAUGUUUCUUUGAUGGAAUUCCAUGCUUCAAGCGAUUUGAUAUAUCAAUAGGACAUGGGAUUAUACAGAGAUUGUGAUUUCUGGCCCAAUAUGUUCCCCUUUGUGCUGGGAGAUCUGUUGAUCUGCCAAUUAUCUUGAGCAUCAUCAUCACUGGCGGAUGAAAUGGCCCGCUGUUUACAGAUGGGUCGGCAUCUUGUGUUCAUCUCUCACGAUCCUACUGGAGUUCCCUAAUCUGGGUAUCUUUUCAAAUCUGAGCACCUUCAUUCGGGAUCCUCAUCUUCCUUUUGAAAACAUCCAUUCCUGUAGAAAUUAUUAUUUUCCUUCAUCUCUAAGCGAGUAGAAUCCGCCUUCCGUCAUCCGGUUGCAGCUGGAUGCGAGGACACUCCCCUGCUUGUUGCUUGUCAAUGGAAGCACCCUCUCAGUCUCAUGUUUUGCUUCUUCGUGCUUCAGGCUGCUUGGUUACUAACGCAUCAGACAAUACAAUGCAUGCUGAUCUUGGUAUCUCUCGACGAUCAUUUUCUAUCUUAUUGGGCACAAAUUUUCUCAAAGAACUCGUGUUGUUCAUCCGGAUGGAACUGCCUCUGUUUAUUUAGAUCAUGCGCAGAAAAGCUCCUCCCCCGAAAGUCAAUCGGUUGUUCUUCAGAAGAACAAGACUUUAAAUUAAAUAUUUUUUUUCUCAUUUUUGUAACCAGGAAGCCAGAGCAUUGUUGGGGAGGAUGGAAUACAGCCGGGGGAAUGUGGAGGCCGCGCUUCGUGUUCUUGAUGGAAUCGACAUGAUUACAGUAGUUCCUAAAUUGAAGCAUUCAAUCGCGGGGAGGGCAGAGGGCCACAGACAUCGGCUUCAUGGUGAUCUGGUCAAACCCAUGUCAAUGCACGCCGUCAGUUUGCUCUUCGAAGCUAUUCUUCUCAAAGCCCAAUCUUUGGCGCAUCUUGGGAAAUUCAAAGGUCAACACACCUUUCUCCGAUAUUACUUUAACCACCCGUUCUCAUGCAUCUAUCUGCUGGUGUCAUGUCUCAGAAACAUGGUGGCACAUGACUCCCGUCUUGCAUCUCUGACUUCUUAUUGGGUGUUGACCUCUUCCAGAAGCUGCGCAAUCAUGCAGCACUAUACUGGACGUCGUCCAAGCUGCCGUGCCGAAGGGAGGUUUCUCUGUGAACUCGGGAACCGAUUCUAAGCUACAGGAGGUGCUGAGCAGGGCCGUGGAGCUGCUUCCAGAGCUGUGGAAGCAGGCCGGUUUUCCCCAGGAAGCUAUCUCGUCAUACCGAAGGGCCCUUCUCAAUCACUGGAACAUUGACGCGGCGACAGCUGCGAGGAUUCGAAAAGAGUUCGCGGUUUUCCUUCUCUAUGGAGGUUGCGAAGCUAAUCCUCCUCCAAAUUCCUAUGCGCAGACGAUGGACGGCUCCUUUGUGCCCAGGAGCAACGUCGAGGAGGCCGUUCUUCUGCUGAUGAUCCAAUCGAGGAUGAUUGCUCUCGACCAGAUCGAGUGGGAUCCAUCGGUCAUCGAUCAUCUGACAUUUGCGUUUUCCAUUUCUGGGGAGCUGACCGCCUUAGCCGGGCUGAUCGAAGGCCUGCUCCCCGGGGUGCUAGACAGGAAAGAAAGAUUCUACACCCUCGCGCUGUGUUACUCGAGUGAAGGGGACGAGCUGGUCGCCUUGGAUCUCCUGAAGAAGAUCUUAAGCCCCAGGGAGGACCCGGACUGCUUGAAAGCGCUGCUGCUGGCUUCCAAAAUUUGUGGGCAGAGUGGCGCCCACGCAGAAGACGGUGUCUCCUACGCGCGCAGGGCUGUGGACAGUUUGGAUAAGGCGGGGGAUGUUCUGAUGGGGGGUGUUGCCAAUCUGCUGAUGGGCAUUUCUCUCUCUGCCCAGGCGAGAUCCUCCGCCUCAGACGCAGAAAGGGUUGCCAAGCAGCGUGAGGCUCUCGGGGUGCUGGAGAAAGCAGAGAAGAUGACCAGGGGCGAGGAUCCGAGAGUUCUGCAUAAUCUCAGCCUAGAGAACGCCGAGCAGAGGAAGUUGGAUGCGGCGCUGCGUUAUGCGAAGCUGCUGCUGAGACUUGAAGCUGGAUCGAAUGUAGGGAGUUGGGUUCUGCUGGCUCGGAUACUGUCCGCCCAGAAGCGUUUCCGUGAUGCGGAGAGCGUCGUCAAUGCCGCGUUGGAUCAGACUGAGAGCUGGAGCCAUGGAGAGCUGCUGCGGAUCAAAGCUAGAAUCCAGGUUGCUCGGGGACAGGUUAAGAACGCGAUCGAGACGUACACACAGCUUCUCGCCCUUGUCCAUCUCAGGAGGAAGAAGAACCUUGGCCUCGGACUGAAGUCUUCUGCUAAGGUCACUACUUUAUUUUUGAUUUUUGAUCUUCUUUUUUUGCUUGAGAUUCGGACGCUGCAUGCGGCUUUCAAUCGCUUGGAGACUGAUUCAUGUGCUCCAACUGGGUUCGACAUUCAUGGCAGGACGGAGGAAAAGACAGCAACUUAGAGAUAGAAGCGUGGCAUGACCUGGCUAAUGUCUACGUGGGUAUGUCCCAGUGGGACGAUGCCGAGGUUUGCCUCUCUAAAUCCAGGGCCAUCAGACCCUCGUCGGCUCCAUUGUGGCAAGUCGCAGGUAUUUGAUCUCCCAUUUUUCGCAUCUUCAUCUUCUUCUUCCAUUCUUGCACACGCAUACAGACGCAGACAUGGAGGUGGAUAAGUUGCAUCUCCUUGGUCAAAUUUUGAUCUUUCUUAUGAGGACCUCUUUGGUAUUCUAACAACUAAAAUGGGUCUUGGCUCGAUCAUCCUGUUGUCAUCUGAUCCGUUGCGUCUAGGGCGAUACCAGAGAGGGGAAGAAAGAAAAAAGAAGAAGAAGAAAGAAUCAGAUGUCGUUCAGUCGGGAGCAUAGAUCGAAUAACAGUAACCUGUUGGCGUUCAUGUUCUCAGGGGAAGUCUACAAGGCCAGGGGCCUCCUCAGAGAAGCGCUGGGUGCAUUUAAGAACGCACUAGAGAUCGAUCCCUCCCACGCGCCGAGCAUGGUCUCCACCGCCGUCGUUCUCGGACAACUCGGGGGUCAACGGCCGACGGCCCUGAGGAGCUACCUGAGCGAUGCGCUCAGGCUGGACAGGACCAACUACGCCGCCUGGUUCAAUCUCGGCUUGCUCCGCGCCGCCGAGGGGGGCGGCAGAUCGGUGGCUGAAGCGGCGGAGUGUUUCCAGGCCGCCGCCCUUCUUGAGGAGUCAGCGCCCGUCGAGGAUUUCAGAUGA